GCGAGUCGAGUCGUACAGAAAAUAAAACCACUUACAAAUAUAUUUAACUGAUUUUCGUAAAUUACACACAAUCAAUUAUAAAUAGUAAUGUCAACGGCACGAUGGAUUUUAUCAAUUAUCUCUACUGCACUGAUAAGAUAGAUAAAAAACAUAUUUUAUGUGUUUAAUUUAUAAAAUUAUCAGUUAUACGCUGAUUCUCAAACAAUAUCUAUCAUGGUCCGCGAUCGAAUGCCGGAGUUACGUGCUUAUCAAAAUAGUAGUACUAUGUUUGGUAAAGGAUUUUUACAAGAUGUACACAUACAAAUGUCCCAAAAUAAAAAAUUAAAGGCAGUAUUAGAUCAAGUUGAGGAAGUUCGAGACUUAAUUCAACUUAUUGCUGCCAAUACCGCUAUUGUAAAGGAUUUACAUAAUAAUGUUUUAUCAUACACUAAUAAAGAUAUACAAAAAGAAUUGGAAAGUAGAAUGUAUACUAUUUCACAAACGUCAUUUCGUAUUCAACGAAAAUUAAGAGAAAUGGGAAAGGAAAUCACUCGUCUUGAUGAUUUAACUUUAACCAGCGCGAGGGAAGGUCCUAUACAUCUACGAAUUAAAGUAAUACAACAUACAACGAUGAUAAAACUAUUCUCUGAAAUUAUGGAAGAUUAUAACGUAUCUAUGAUAAGAUAUCAUGAAAAAUGUCGUUUACUUUUACACCAACAAAAGAUGUUAAUCCGAAAACAUAUUACAAGCGAAGAAUUGGAAAAAUUACUCGAUGCUCAAGGAAACAACUUAUUUGUUGAUAAUAUUUUAGAAGAUAGUAGAAUUGCAAGGCAACAAUUAUCUGAUAUUCAAAGUAGGCAUAAUGAUAUAGUGAAAAUAGAAAAAUCUAUUGGAGAAGUUAGAGAUAUGUUUACGGAAAUGGCAUUUCUUAUUGAAAGACAAGGAGAACAAAUAAAUAGUGUAGAACAUUUUGCUGGAAGGGCAGCAGAUGAUGUUGAUACUGGUCGUAUUGACCUUAAAAAAGCAGAGGAAAGAAGUCAGAGACAUAGAAAGAGAAAAAUUAAACUUGCUAUCAUAAUUAGCACAAUAAUUAUUAUUUUGUUGAUGAUCAUCAUUUUCUUAUAAGACGAAAAAGAUAUAAAAUUUUGUAAAUAAAAAUGAGAUUUGUUGAAGUGAAAUGAAAUUGAAGAUAUUUAUUAUGAAAGUAAUAAAAAUCAGUAUAUUUAGAUAAAUAAAGACAGUUGUUACAUGUCAUUAAUCUGUUUCACAACUAUAUCAAGUUAUAACAUUUAUAAAAUUGUUUAUUUAAAAAGUAUUAAAAGCAGUAAUGUAUACACCUAUAUAUUAUUUAUAUACAUAAUUUUUAAAAUAAUUAACAAGACCUUUUGCACUAGGCCUCACUUUAUAGUCUGCAGUAGUGCAUGCAAAGAAUAUUUCAAGUACUCUCUCAUAUUCUUUUCCUAGAUUAAUAGCAGGUAAUGCUGGACGAGUACCUGUGACCAUCAAGGUAUUAUAAUUUGGUAUACAAUCUGACAAAAAUUUCUCCACAUUUUACUAAAAAAUAUAAAAAUUUAUAUUAGUGAAAGUACUUACCAUAGUUUUUAUUGCAUAUUUCAUUAAGAAAACUAUUAUCAUCAUCUAUAUUUAUAUUAUGUUCAUUUGUUUUUGUAUUGCUAUUCAUCUGCAUUUCUAACAUUGAAUCAUCUAAGCAAGAUUCAUCCAUUUCUGAGGGUUCUACAUGAGGUGAUGAUAAGGCUAUCAUCUCCCAAACUACAAGACCACAUGCCCAAAUAUCUGCUUUAUUUGUAACAGGACCAUCCUCUAAGGAGUUAAAUUUAUGAUCAUUCAUAUUACCCUUUUUAUGUUAUGUUAAUUUUUAUAGAUGUUAAAAAUUAACUAACCAAAUAUUAUUUCAGGUGCACUCCAACACUCUGUUCCCACAUAUGUGAAGUUUUCAUUUGAAGUACACAUUUCUAGACUAUUUGUAAGUGGCAAAGACACACCAAAAUCACAUAGCUUAACAGUUUUAUAAUCUGCAGAAACUAACACAUUAUAACUUUUUAUAUCACCAUGUAAAAUAUGGGCAGUAUGAUGUAAAUAUUCUAAUCCUUUUACAAUUUCAUAUGUUAUUUUUAAAAUGUCUUUAGCAGGAAAUGGAUCAUCGCCAGUUUCGAGUCUUUCUUCUAUCUUAUCACCUAAAAAAAUUAUAAUAAUACAAAAACUAUAUUUUCAACUUUUCAAACAUAUUUUCAUGUUUUGGAUACUUUUUUAUACCUAAAGAAGCAUCUAAUUUUUCCAUUGCCAAGCAUGGCUCGCCAUUUGAAAGUUCCGUAAAAGCCCGAAAACCGACAAUGUUUGGAUGAUUUAAUUUACGAAGUACUUCUGCUUCGAAUCGAAUGCGUUCAUUAUAUUUUUUAUUUUCCUGAAUUUUGCGGUUACGUUUUUUUAUCGCCCAUGGAGAUCGGAUAAAACCAACUUUUGGAGAUCGUUCCAGGCUAAAUACGUUAACACCUAUUGAUAUGUUUACGUGUUAAAAUAAUAUUAAUAUUGAUAGUAACAAAUUUAAAUGUUCAUAUCUUUUUACCGCAUCCAUAACCUAUUUGCUCUAAAAACGGUGAAGCUGGUAUUUUAAUAGGUGUUUGCAAUUCUGGAUUACUUUGUACCCUACUUUUAUACCUCUUUGUUGUCGGUGUCUUAAAAUCACUCAUUGUACUAUUGUUCCUUAAAAAAUGUGAACAAACUUAAUCAAGUAUGUUCCUCCGUUAGUCAGUUGGUUUUGAAAUUUUCUCGAUAUUGAGACGCUCAAGUAAUACCAACCUUAUAGACUAUGAUAGAAAGAAAGUUAAUAAUAUCAGCUCUGACAAUAUUAAGAUCUUUUCAGUAUUUCUUGAAUUACUUUUUUAUAUCCACCAAUUAUGCAAAAAAUAAUAAUUUAAAAAAUCAUUUAUAACAUUUUACAUUUGUGCUAAAUUACUAUUACUGUUUAUCAUGAAAAAAACGUACCUAAAAAUAACAAAGUAAUUUAAAUAAGUAUACAAAGAAGGUAACAAAAGAAUUUAGUAUUUAUAUUGUACACAUUUAAAGUUUUAUAUGUUUAUCUUUAAUCAGGAAUAUUUUCAGUUUUUUAAGUUCAAAAUAUCCUUAUUUGUUCCGAAAUUUUAAGCAUUGCUUUUGACUUGAUCUUAAUUUACGUUCUUAGAUUUCCAGAUUCUAAGUAUAUAUAUAAAAAAAUGUAAAAGUUCCUAAUGACUUUUAGUCAUUAUUAAGCUAGGAGAUAUAUAAUUUCAAACGAUACGUUUAAUACCCUUAGUGCUUUCCGAGUACGAUCAAUUUGUAAUCGGUGUAACACUAUCCUGCAACCUACCAAGUUUACGGCUUUGCAUUUUCGUUAGUCGCUUGAGUAGGCACUCUAUCGGGUGUAAAGGAUUCCUCUAAUGAUGCUUUCUGCUUGAAAUAACUGUUCCUUUUUUUCAGGAACGCUUUUGUGUAUCGAUGAAACUCGAAGCUCACACUACAAUGAUGAUACUUGCUUAAGAUCGUUCUUUCAAGAAAUUUGUAUUGUACUGAAAAUUUCUCUUUUUCUUAUAAUAUUUUUUCACUUAUUUUUCCGUUUUUUAGAAUAUAAUAUUCUUGUACUUUCAAAGCUCGCUGCUUGACCAAUUAAAUCCUGUUUUCCUGCAUUUAACGAUGCUUCCUGUGUUACCUCUUUCGUCUUAGACUGGCGAAUAUGCUAUUUCAUAUGCGAAAAACGAAUAGUUGAUAAUUUGUAUUGGUACCUGGUAACAAGGUAUUGGCUGAUACCUUGUUAAGUACUCUGACGGAUAUUGCUUGUGGUUUUAGAAAUUGUUUUGAACU